AUGAAUGACAACAGAAUUGUAUACAUAGACUAUGCUUCCUGCAAAAGCGUGGCCGACUACGGUCCAACAGGCUACAAAGGCUACGCUCCAACCGGCCCCCAUGAUGACCUGAGAACUGACAGAUGUCGCUUUAGUCACCAUUUCGAAAUGCAAGGCUUGGAACCUGUCGGUGAUUAUCAUGGCUUGGGUUUAAAGGUCAGAGAAGGUGCUGUUCCUGGUAGUAUUGAAGGCAGUGAUAUGCAUUGUGGUGAAAGAUGUAAUGUGGAUCUGCAUGGUAGGAGUUUAUCACAAUGUACUGAUUCUAGUUUGGCUUAUGAAAUGAAAUUAGACCAGCAAGGGGUGAAUACACAAAGUAGUGGUAGUAGUAGUGGGAGAAAGAAGAGUAUUGCUUAUGCUCCAUGUGGUAAAGGUGAAGCAAUUUACGAUUUCUGA